AUGUCAUACAAAUUUUAUGAAUCACAACUGAUUAUACAUCCAACUGAUAAAAUUAUGAUUAUAAACAAUGAUGAAUAUAUUUUAAAACGAAAAUUAGGUCAAGGACUUACAUCAAUUGUUUAUUCAAUGAUAAAAAAAAAUGAUAACAGAGACGAUUUUAAAUUUCCUGUAUUAAAAUUAUGCACAAAUAAAGCAUUUCAAAAAAUAUAUCUUAAUGAAAAGAAUAUAUUGUCAACUUUAAAAGAGUCGAGUAAUUAUACAAAAUUUUCCCAUCAUAUUGCUGAAAUAGAAAACGUUCAUGUCGAUGGCAAAUACAUUCAGUUUAAAGAAUGUUUAAACCCUAUUAAAACAUUAAAAAUAAACCAUGUCUAUGACUUAAUCGAUUGUAUUGCAUAUCUAGUCGAUACUAACAUAAUACAUCGAGACGUUCGACCAGAAAAUAUAAUGGUAUCGUAUGAUGAAAAAUAUGCUAAAUUAAUUGAUUUUGGUUUUGCAUUUGUAAGUAAUGUUGAUGAUAAUGACAAUGAUCAUACUGCUGCUGCUGAUGAUGAUGAUGAUGAUAAAUCAUCUACAACAGCAAUACCAAUCGCUGGUACAAUACACUUCGGGUUAUAUAAUUUUCUGAAAACUGUACGUAUGAUACCACGAAUUUUUUUGGUUAUUGAAUAUAAAUAUGAAAAAUGGUAUGAUUUAGCUUGUUUAUUGAAUUCAAUCGUGUAUCAUCAUAAUGAUCAUAUUAAAAGUACAAUUGUGUAUAUUAAAACUGAUUUAAUACAAGAAAAAGCUAACAGGUGUUUAGAUAUAUGGGCUGAAAUUCGAAAAAAUGAGCAAUACAAAAAAAUAUUUGAAAUGUUUGAAAGUAUGAAUAAGAAUAUGGACAUUAUAAAGUUAAAAAAUGUACUUAAACUUUUAUUUGAAUAA